UUUUGGAAAAAAAUAAAUGUGGCUUUUAUUCUGGAAUAUUCGAGCGGAAGUGAGGGAGAGCUCAGUUUCGCGCAUGCGCAUUGAGCUGACAGCGGCCGGUGAGUGUUGUGACCAGAGAGAGUCAGCUGUGUGUCUGCGCGUGUGUGUUUGUGGUGCAGAGGAGAGGAGAGGUCAGAUUCAUCUGUAUAUCUUCAUACUAACUAAGUAGCUUUGCUGCACAGCUUCCUGGACACCAACUAACUCCUACUGGGACUAUAGAGGUUAGUCAACACAAAGAAAGAAGGACAGAAAAACAACUCUUUGAUGACAAAGCCCACUGAUAGGAGAUGUGUGCUGCUGUGUAUGUCCUGUCGACGGUAACGGGCUACGUGCUCACCUCUGCCCUGCUGAUGAAAUGCCCGAAUCUUUUGCACCGAAAGAAGCGAGAGACUUUUCUCAGCAGGCACAUUUCCCACCGUGGAGGAGCAGGUGAAAACCUGGAAAACACCAUGGCAGCUUUCAAGCACGCUGUGGAUCUUGGUACAGACAUGCUGGAGUUGGACUGUCACCUGACGAAAGACGAACAGGUAGUGGUGUCACAUGAUGCCAGCUUGCAGAGGGCCUCUGGCAUCAACGCCCACAUCUGCAACAUGUCCUACGCUGAACUCCCUCCGUACCUCUGCAAGCUGGGUGUGACUUUUCAGAGAGAGUGUUUCUGCGAGGGGGGAGAAGACAAACGCAUCCCUCUGCUCACGGACGUUUUUGAUGCAUUUCCCAAUACCCCUGUCAACAUUGACAUCAAGGUCAACGAUGACACGCUCAUCAAGAAGGUCUCUGAAAUGGUUGUUAAGUACGACAGAGAGCAUCUGACGGUCUGGGGCAACGCCAGCAACCAGAUUGUAAAGAAGUGUUACAAAGAGAACCCGCGUAUUCCAGUGUUGUUCAGCUUUCCCAAAGUGUUGCAGCUGAUCGGCCUCUUCUACACCGGCCUCCUGCCUUUCGUUCCCCUCAAAGAGCAGUUUCUAGAGAUCCCCAUGCCCUCUAUUAUCACAAAACUAAGAGAUCCCAGCAGAUUAACUAGGAGUCAGCGAUUGAUCGCCUGGCUUGCAGACACUUUGCUGAUGAGGAAAGCUCUGUUUCAGCAUUUAACUGCCAGGGGGAUACAGGUGUACGUCUGGGUGCUGAACGACGAGGAGGACUUCCAGAGGGCAUUUGAUUUGGGAGCCACAGGAGUUAUGACAGAUUUUCCCACCAAGCUUAAAGACUUCUUGGACAGGAAUGGCCUUUCUAAGCCCGAGUGACCCGCCAAACUCUACCUCACCUUUCAACCUGACUCACCUGCCAAACCAGCACCCUGCCCCAAAGUGCACCCAGUUUUACCGCAUGCAUUCCAGCAGAACUCCUCUCACACUGUGUUUGAGAGGAGUGUUUGAGGAACCAGUUGUUGUACUGGUAACACAAACCUCUAUAUUUUCAAUCACGUAAAAUACUCUUAAAAGACACACACCGCAUCUGCUAUAUAUUAUGAUCUCCUUUGAGUUGUGUUCUUUACAGGUUCUUUGUUCCCUCGUUAGAUACCCGCGUACACACACACACAACAGUGUGAGAUUUUACACACGGUAUCACACUGCUAUUUAUAACCACACAAUCUUUUUAAAGGUGCUAAAUCUAAAAUUCUAUGAUUGAGAGAUUGCCUCCAUAUGGCUCUCAGCAUGGCGAUGGCUAAGCUGGCGGCAAGCAGCUAACGGUACUAACAUUACAAACAGUGAACAGCAACGGCAACAGAGGGUGGGCGCUGCGCUUCAGUGGCAACGCCAUGGGUCGGUACUAAGCCCGCAGGAAGUGCACUGGUCUUUGGAGCCAACUUUCAUAGUGGCGAAAGGCGUUAAAGGAAAAGCUGCUGCGUUUGCUCUAUGGGCUCCAUCGAUGCAGAAGCAGUGCAUAAGAUCUGGGUACUUUUAUAACUGGCAGUUGACCACUUUGGCUUCAUGCGCCACUGAGCAACCUUCAUAGGAAUGAAUGGGAUCCCGCUGUAUCCAGUUCACUUUAUACAUCCACGGUCGGGGCAGCGUUACCAGUGGGACACACGCACCGAGAUUCACUUGCACUAACAUACACGCGCGGCCGGCCCGGCUACGUAAACAAAGCACAGAGAAGCUUGGAUUACAACACACAAAGAGGGCAGUCUUUACUCCUCUACAUCUUUACAUAGAAAAUAGUUGUUUGCUGCUAUAUUAAUGCUCUGAAUUUGAAUUUAGCACCUUUAACUAUAUCUAUAAAAUGGGACAAAAUAGCCAUUUAAAUUUAGUAUUUGCAAGUCUCAGCCACAUUGAAUUUCAUUACAAAUUAAUGGCUUUUGACUUGAAUUUUUUUUUUUUUAAGUUUUACAGAUGUAAUGGCAUUAUUUUAGCAUUUUUUGUAAUUCUUUCAAGUAAAUGACAAUUUGCAGUAUUACUGCAUUAUGUUCUAAGUAUUGUGCUAGUUAAAGCACCAGCAGAUGAAGUUUGAUUUUAAUUUACCGGCAGCUUUACAAUGAUUCAAGGUCCGAUUUCUUUCACUUAGCACAUGCAAUAAUACACUAAUCUAAGUUGUGAGAUAUUUCCUAUCUGUGCCAGAUGCAGUCAAAAAAAUUCUACUUCUCAUAAAUAACAGAGACAACUCCUCGGCUACAUCGAGUUUCAGAUUGUCAGUACUGAGGUGGGUCGUGCCACUGCUCCGUAUUUACAAUUCAAAGGCACAUUCAAUGGAAUUGUGGAUUGUUUUUAUAUAUUGUUUUUUAAAGUCAGUGUGUUGUGUGUUUAUGUAUAAUUGGUCUCUAGCUUUUCCUCUGAAACUGAGUUUGUCCAUUAAUGAAUCUGAGUGAGAGAUUUUGCACAAAAUAAUAACAAACUUGUUUGUUUUAGUAAUGAGUCGUACCUUUUUCACCUGUGUUAAUGUAAUCAUAAACAGAAUUGAACUUGAUAUUUAAGAAAUAUGAACAAUUUUAAUGUAUGGGCAAUUAUAAGUGUGUUGGAAAUGCAGUAGAAGCACUGAUAAAUGUUGAUUGAUUGCUUCAUUGCAGUCACUUGAAAUUGAAAUAUAUUAAAGACCGCUGCUUUUUUAGCAAUCCCUCACUGUGGGUGUCACAAAGUGUAAAAGAUUAUUAGGAUUAUUUCACCACUGACUGUAAUCCAAACUUGUGACCACACAGUGAGGGUCGGUAAUUAAUGUAGUACUAGUUGAAUGUACUGUAUAUUGUUUGGUAUUUUACUGUCAAAACAGUAUUCUUUAGUUUGUUGUUGGGCAUUUUGUAUUAGUGCUGUGACUGAAUGGAUGGAGUGAAAUCUGCAGUUUUGUCUGAUGAUAUCUUGUUUUCUCUGUACAUCCAAAAAUCAUUAUUGUGAUCUACCAAUCAUAGUACAGAUACAUUAAUGAAUUAUUGAGUAUUUUUGAUUACAUUACCUGUGCUGUUGAUUGUUUUGCAUGCCUAAAUGAAUAUUUGUGUAGUGAUUGAAUAUGCUGUGACUUUGACAGAGCCAGUUUGUGGGACCCUAUCAAAAUGCCUUAUCCCACAUGAAGUAUGCCAUUUGAUUUGAUGAGAAAUUAUUGAAAAAAUAAAAUUUUAUCAAUCAAUAAACACUAAAAAAAUAUUGAAAUACAA